AUGGCUCAAGAACCAAAAUAUUAAAAAGUUUAAGAAAACUCUUAGUUUUUAGUUAACCCUGAAAGACUCAUAGAAAUUUCUAAGGCUAAUACUGAAUAGAACAGUUAAGUUAAAGAAUUUCUCGAGUUGUAUGCAAAGACAGUCGAAUGGAAAAAGUUCAAAGAGGGUUUUUUGUCUAUGAAUUACAUAUUUAAACCUGAAGAUGUAAUCUAAUUUUAGUUUUGUCCUUCUUCAAAUACUUCUGUUGCCUCCUUCUAUCCUAAAAAGAAAAAAAUAUAUAUCUGCUAGAAUUACAUGUCUGAUUAGAAUAUGUUUAAUGCAUUCGUUAAUUACAAUAUGACACUUCUUUAUGAUUUUUUAAGAUCUGAUGUAGAUUUCAAGAGCUGCCCUCAAAUACUUUGCAUGAAUAUUAGAGCCACAAAUAUUUCUUCCUUUUGUAAGCCAAAUGAUAAAAAAUGUUUCUAAAAUCAUUUAAAGAAAUAAUUAAGAGGAUUCAAGCCAUGUGAAAAUAAAUUUGAGGAACACUUUAAUAAAGCCUUCUAACAAUGUCUUUUAGAUAUGGCACCAAUACACUCUAUAAAAUCUAGAAUUAAUUGA